UCGUAAAAAACAUGUGAGGAAUAUGUUGGAUAUGAUCAGAUUUUACAGAUCAUAUCCGUAUCAAUAGUUUUGUGUGAAAUCAAAACGAAACACAGCUUUGAAUGGUAGAUAUCAUCAUUUUCUUAAAGAAUAAUAGAAAAAUGGUUUACAACUUGCAAGAAAAAAUGAAUACAGGGAUCACAUCAAAACAAUAUAGCCUUGAGAGAAAUGAUCAGUUUAACGAGACCAGCUUUCAUGCCAAGGACGAAGAUUGCACGGUUCAAGACAAAGAAAAGACGCAUCAUCUUGAGAGAGACCAAUGGUCAAGCAAAAUGGAUUUUAUUCUUGCAUGUGUCGGAUGCGCAGUUGGACUGGGCAAUAUUUGGAGAUUCCCGUAUCUGUGCUACAAAAAUGGUGGAGGUGCGUUCCUUAUUCCGUAUACAGUUUGCCUGGUUACCUGCGGGGUGCCAGUCUUUAUGCUAGAACUAGCUUUAGGCCAGUACAUGAACAUCGGCUGUAUUGAAGCUUGGGCAAGACUGGUACCUGCAUUCAAAGGUAUAGGGGUUGCGUGUUGUGUAGCUACAUUCCAAAUGAACAUAUAUUAUAUCGUAAUGCUGGCAUGGGGAGGCUACUAUCUCGUUAUGUCUUUUACUUCUCCUCUACCAUGGUCUCAUUGUGGUAAUGAAUGGAAUACAGAGAGGUGUUUCUCGCCGGAACGAGCAGAAACAAACAAUUACAAUUCGACAAUGAACUGGAACGGCACUGCAAAUGACAGGAAUGUGGAUCCUGCACAGGAAUUCUGGGAGAAAAAAGUUCUUCGUAUAUCAAACGGAAUAGAUGAACCGGGGGCUAUUGUGUGGGAACUUGCGGUCUCGCUGUUUGUUGUUUGGGUAUUUGUAUACAUUUGUGUAUGUAGGGGAGUAAAAGUGAGCGGAAAGGUUGUAUAUUUUACUGCACUGUUUCCAUAUGUCGUCAUCACUAUUCUGCUGAUUCGCGGAGUGACGCUAGAUGGCGCCAGUGAUGGUAUCUAUUUUUAUCUCAAUCCGGAUUUCUCAAAACUAUUAGACCCACAGGUAUGGAUAGAUGGUGGGACCCAGGUGUUCUUCUCCUAUGUUAUUGCUAAUGGAGUGUUGAUAACUCUUGGAAGUUACAACAAGUUCAAUAACAAUUUUUACAGAGAUUGUUUUCUUGUGGCAAGUAUCAACAGUUUUACAAGUUUUUAUGGAGGUUUUGCAGUGUUUUCUGUCCUUGGAUUCAUGGCAAAAGAACAAAAUAUGACAAUUGGGGAAGUUGUCAAUUCUGGUCCAGGUCUAGCAUUCAUCGCCUAUCCAAAGGCUAUUUCACAAAUGCCUCUGUCACCUCUAUGGGCUGUUCUCUUCUUCAUUAUGAUUUUGUUGCUGGGAUUCGACAGUCAAUUUGUUUGUGUAGAGGCGUUCCUGGCUCCAAUACUAGAUGCUUUCCCGCAUUACAUGUACAUUAAAAGAAAUAGAAUGAUAUUUACAGCCAUUUACGCUCUAAUAUCAUAUAUUGUAGCUUUAUCUAUGGUAACGGAGGGCGGGAUUUAUGUGUUUCAAUUAUUUGACUACUAUAGCGCAAGUGGGUUCGUCUUGUUGUGGAUUUGCUUCUUCGAGGCCGUAGUUGUCUCGUGGGUUUUUGGCGAGGAGAGAUUUCAGGCAGCGGUUGAAGUUAUGAUAGGUCGGCGGUUUCCUCGCUUGUUUUUCAUUUGUUGGAAAUUUUUAACACCCGCAAUAACAAUGGCUAUUUUUACGUUCUCUCUUGUGUCGUUUGCGCCACUGAUGUAUGAGAAGAAAUACACUUACCCAGUAUGGGCCCGGAUGUUAGGGUUGUGUAUGACUCUACUAUCGACUAUGUGUAUACCAGGGAUAUUUAUACACACUUUUCUGACACAGAAAGGAACUCUCAGACAGAGAUGGCGAUCCAUGUUCACACCUCUUCUUCAACCUCAUCAGAUUUUAAAUAAAUAA